AUGGGCAUUAUAUUAUCACCUCGUACAUAUUCCAUACCACCUACCACAUUCUCCCAAGAAAAUACGGAGCCGAAGAAACUGUCCUACGUACGUAAGAAAAGCGAUGGUGGUACAUCGGCGGCUGAGCUUGAUCACCUUGGUUUUACCGGAUCGAAACACGUUCCCGGAGUCCUAAAGAGUGGGGUAUGGGGUUUUCAUGUGCGUGGAAAGCUUAUGUUUUUAUUUGGCCAGUGGAUGGGUUGCUUCUUCCCACGGUGUUAUCCGUACAUGGUAGGUCACUUUUUCAAUGCUCAUGCAGCCGUUGACGGGAAAGUAUAA